AUGUCGAAAGUCUACAAGAACUACAAAAUCAUCGCGGCCGAGAAGCAAUUGGAACGCCAGAGUAAGAUCCCCAAAGAAUGGCUACUCCGCUCCGAACAAUACCAAGGAGUCAGCAACUUGAUGCAAGUUCCGCGGACGUGUGGCAUCCUGAGCGAAACCGAGUACCACAUCACGUCCAACUUUGACGCCACUGCGCUUCUAGAGAAACUCAAGGAUGGAGUGUGGUCGGCGGAACAGGUCACUAUCGCCUUUUGCAAGCGAGCAGCCAUUGCUCAACAGUUGACCAACUGUUUGACCGAGAUAUUCUUCGACGAAGCCAUCCAGCGAGCACGAGCACUCGAUCGCGAACGGCAAGAAAAUCCAACAAAGCCACUUCGUCCGCUCCACGGUCUUCCCAUCUCGCUCAAGGACAGUUUCCAAGUUGCCGGCUACGACACAUCCACAGGAUUGGCAUGUUUCGUCAACGAACCAGCCGAAGAAAACAGCGCCCUCGCACAGAUGCUACUUGACCUGGGCGCCGUGCUGUACUGCAAGACGAAUCUUCCGCAGACAAUCAUGACAGCCGACAGCGACAACAACGUCUUUGGCAGGACCCUGAACCCUCGCAACACGGCCUUGACGGCCGGCGGCAGCACCGGCGGCGAAGGGGCCCUGCUUGCCCUUCGAGGCAGUGUACUUGGUGUCGGCACCGACAUUGGCGGUAGUAUUCGCGUCCCCGCGGUCUGCAAUGGCAUCUAUGGGUUUCGACCAUCUGUCGGCCUGGUACCGCACGAAGGCGUGCGAGACCUCACUACUCCCGGCACGGAUGGGGUGCGCUCGUCGGCUGGACCCAUGGCUACAUCUCUUCGAGAUGUUAUUUUUUUCCUCAAAACAAUCAUGCAGGCCGACACUUGGCGGUACGAUAGUACUGUUGUUUCCGUGCCGUGGGUGAAUUUGAAUCUGGAGCCUAAGGCAAAGCUUCGCAUUGGUCUCGUCCUCGACGAUGGCAUGCACACUCCCUCACCGCCGGUUCGACGCGGUCUCAAAAAGGCAGCGGAUUUGCUUCAGCUGAACCAAAAUAUCGAGCUUGUUCCUCUGGUCCUUCCGAACGUCAAAGAGCACUAUGUCGACUUGAUUAGGUAUUGGACAUUGCUGGGAAGUGAAAACUAUCUUUCACUCUUCGCCCGGACCGGCGAACCUGAAAUCCCCUCCCUCAAAGCCAUUGGUCUAAAUUCCUUCACCGGCACCGAUCUUCGCGGCUUCUUCGAGCUCAACGUGCGUCGUCAAGCAGCUGCCCGCAACUACCUCCGCCUGUUUCGCGACAAUGCCAUCGACGCCAUUUUAAUGCCACCCGCCCCGCACACCGCUGUCCCUCUGGACAAAUGGACGACGGCCAGCUACACGGGUCUGUGGAACUAUCUUGACUAUCCGGCCCUUGUUAUCCCAGUUGAUCCUGUGAACGAGUUCGACCUGAAAGAUGAUCUGGGCAAUGCGAAAUACGGCCCCGAGGAUGAGAGGGUGUAUAGUCUGUACACGGGACCUCAGGACUAUAAAGACGCGCCUAUAUGUGUACAGCUGGUUGGGUACCGGUACGAAGAUGAAGCGUUGCUCAAUAUUGCUGCGCUGGUAGAUUCGAUUGUCAAUGGCAGUGACGAAAUGAAUCAAAGUGCAAAGAUAUAG